AUGAGUGAAGCUAUUGUGGAGAGGGCUCUGGCCAGCCUCGGCAAAGGCUUCGAUUUGUCGUCCGAUUUCCGGCUGAAAUACUGCAAAGGAGACAAAAGGCUGAUCCUCCUCAACGAAACAGACACCACAGAGCUUUGGGUCCCCGGGAUUGGCUCUUUCCACAACGUCUCCAUCGACAUCAAAUGCGAUAAAGGUGAUCAUACGAGGUACCAAUCGGAUAUCCUCGACUUCAAUCAGAUGUCGGAACUUUUCAACAGGAGGAGCUCGUUGCCGGGGAAGAUUCCGUCGGGUCUGUUCAACUCGAUGUUCGGGUUCGAAAGCGGGUCGUGGGCGGUGGAUGCAGCUAAUACGAAAUACCUGGGUCUUGAUGGAUAUUUUAUCAUACUUCACACGCUUCAUAUAGAUAGAUAUCCCCUUAUUCUUGAUGAUCAAGUCAGGAAUGAGGUUCCUUCUACUUGGGAUCCUUCUGCUCUAGCCAGAUUUAUUGAAAAAUAUGGGACACACAUAAUUGUUGGGCUAAGCUUAGGAGGAAGAGACACGGUGUUAGUAAAGCAAGACAAGUCCUCAAACGUGGAGCCACCACAACUAAAGAACCACUUGGACAACCUUGGUGAUCAAUUGUUCACUGGCACUUGCACUUUUUCUCCAUACCAACGCAGAAAUUCCAAACACCAAAAGCAAAAGGCGUUCAAUGUCUUUGAUCCGCAGUCAAAUCUUGUGAGCAACUACGCCUCAAUCACUGCAAAAGAUGGUAUCAGUGUGAUUUGUUCAAGAAGAGGCGGGGACUUGACGGCAAAGACGCACUGCGAGUGGCUGUUAACGGUCCCGAGUAUGCCCGAUGCUAUACUUUUCAACUUCAUCCCCAUAACUUCUCUACUGAGGGGUGUUCCUGGAAGAGGAUUUUUGUCUCAUGCAAUUAACCUUUACCUUAGAUAUAAGCCUCCAAUAAGUGAUUUGCGGUACUUCUUGGAUUUUCAAUCGCAUAAGAUAUGGGCCCCCAUUCAUAAUGACCUCCCGUUGGGCCCAACUGGAAAUAACAAGAUAUUGCAAACACCAGCAUUGCAGUUCAACUUGAUGGGCCCAAAGCUAUAUGUGAACACAACUCAAGUAACGUCGGAAAAGAGUCCGGUGACGGGAGUGCGGUUGUACCUGGAGGGCAUCAAGGGAAAUAGGUUAGCCAUUCAUCUCCAGCACCUGGUAACCCCUCCCCUUCUCCUACAGCGCCAACGACAAUCACAGUUGUGGUGGCGGAGCACCCAACACAUAACAGACAACCAACAUUACUUUGAAGCCGUCCAGUGGAAGAAAUUCUCCCACAUCUGCACAGCUCCGGUGAAAUACGACCCCAAUUGGAUUAGCCUCCAACAGCCAUCGGCUUUUAUCGUCACUGGAGCACAGCUACACGUGGACAAACACGACGCCACAACAGUGCUCCAUCUCCGCCUCUUGUUUUCCCAGCUCUCUGGAUGUUACGUCGUGCAGUCCAGCUGGAUGGACCGUGCGUCCGACCGCCACUCCAUCAGAUCUGCCUUUUUCUCUUCCAUUAGCGCCUCCUCCAUUCGCGAUCGGGACCCCGAGCAAGUGAUUGUGGACUCUGGGGUUUAUCCGACGGGCCCGCCUGCCGCUCAAUUGCAGAAGAAGAUGUUGAGAUUUGUUGACACGUCCGAGAUCUGCCGUGGGCCGUCGGAUAACCCGGGCCACUGGCUGGUCACGGGGGCCAAGCUGGAUUUGGACAAGGGUAAAAUAUGCCUCAGGGUCAAAUUCUCGCUCUUGAAUUUCGCUUCUUGA